UGAGUACAUCGGAUCAGAUCAGCUGUUUUAUCGGCAUCUACUCUACUGUCUGGUACUAGACGGCUUCAUUAAUUGACUGUCCCUUUUAUUGCUUCCCUGUUUGGCGAGUGUCGAAUUUCGGCUAUCGCAACACAGAAACCAUGGCUUCAUGGAAUCUAGAUACUCUUUCCACGCUUCUUGAGAGCAUGCAGGGCAAUUUGAAUGCUUUGAAGCAAGGCCAGGUUGGUAGUACAGAUGCAUAUGAAGUCCAAAAGCGUUUCAUGUCAACAGCAGAAGAGAUUCUUGCUAUGACUUCUGACCCUGUUCAAUUAGUCAAGAAUAUUGCGCGUGGGUAUACAGCUUCUGUCGCCUUGGAAAUCUGCUUGGAUUUGAACCUUAUCCAAUAUUUCCCGGAGGAUGGAAGUGCCGUGGAUUAUUCGACUCUCUUGGAGAGAACUGGGGUUGACAAGACUGUACUUACUAUGGUUUUGAAUUUGUUGAGCAAGAAGGGGAUCUUCAAACAGCUCGGUCAAUCACAGUGGAGUCACUCUGCUCUCUCGAUCACACUCCUGAAGCCGUCUUUCAAUGACUUGAUUUCUUCUGUUCUGGACGAAAGCUUCAAAAGCUGUUCCACACUCCCAUCAUUCCUCCAGAAAACCGCCUACAAAACGCCAAGCCCAGGCCACACAGCCUUCAACGACUACUUCCAUAACGACCUAGACUUUUAUCACUUUUGUGCUUCCCAAGACAUUAAGAAAGGAUUGAGAUUCUCUCGUGCCAUGUUCCAGGUAGCGGAAGCAAGCCUUCGAUUCUUCGAUGCCUCGUAUUCUGUCCAGCAACUCGCAGCGUCUGAUCUGAUUGUUGAUGUUGCUGGGGGCCUAGGCCAGACGGCCAUCUUCCUCGCAGAUCGUCUACCGGAACAGAAGUUCCUCGUUUUAGAUUAUUCAAGUGUGACUGAUGAGGGGGAACGCCAAUGCCCUGCUCAUCUCCACCAUUCUAUCAAAUACCAGGCUCAUGAUAUGUUCAAGUCCUAUGGCGAAGUCAUGGACGGAAAUCAGGACAAUCUCGUGUUCUUGCUCAAACAGGUACUUCAUGAUUGGGGCGACAUAGAAUGCAUCCGGAUCCUGUCAAAUGUACUCGAAGCUUUGGGAAAGUCAGGAAGAAUAUUGAUCAUUGAAUCAGUGAAGCCACUUGAGAAUGUCAGCUUGAGCACCGCGAUGUCAGAACUCAUGGUGAUGAGUAUGUUUGGGGGGUUCCAUCGCACGUAUGCGGACUAUGAGAGGUUGAUACUUGCAGCUGGGUAUGAUGUCGCUAUCAAGACUUGGUCUGCCAAUUCUGGUCAGCAUGAUGAUUUUCUGGUUAUUGAAGUGCAGCCAGGGGGUGUAUCUUAAGGCAGGUUCACACAGAAGCCAAGAAAUAAAGAGGCGGAGUUCAUUACAGCAAAUUAUCUGGAAUUUUACUGUAAAAGUAGCUAGGAAAUCGCGG